CAUAAAGCUGGGGAGGGGCAUAGACUGAGGUUGGUCCCUUCUUGGGUUGUAACGUAUGCACGCUCUGGACACUCUCCUAGGCUGCACACAGACUUGCAUUUUUCCUGCAGAGCUCCUUGCCUUCUCACACUCAAUGGUUGAUCCAUUUCUCUGUCUCUCUAGAACUUGGUUUGGGAAUGUCUUGGACGUCUCAUCUGACAUUUGAUCAUUGAUACUCUUGAAUGACUAGUCUUGACAGCUCUGCUAACUUCAGGAAAUGACGCUCCCUCAAAUGUUUACCCUCAUCGUGCUCCUCCUGUGCUUCCUAGAAGCUAGUACUGGUAAGAAGAGCAAAGAGACCACUGAGAAGGCGCUGCCUUCCUUCCCCUGGGCACAGUCGGGACAGUUCUCCACCUCCAAGAAACAUUUGUGCACUUGGCAGCUGGCCUCUGAGGACGGAGCCACUGAGAUCCAGCUCAGUUGUCACCCGCCAGGUGAGGACAGCAGCCAGGGACAGCAGUGUGUCUAUCGAGGCCAGCCAGAGUUAUGUCCUGCCUACAACUCCAAAGGCCGCCAGUUCUGGAAACAAAUCUUGGGCAAGCUGCGCAAGAAGCACCACCCAUGCAAGGAAACAAGUCCACUCAAGUCUCGGCUUUGUAGUGGCAAGAAGGGAGGAUCUGAGGCACAGCUACACCUGGUUGUUGCCUCCUUCAGCACCGAAGCCCCGGUGACUGUGGAGAGUACUACUAAAGUGAGACCCAAGGGGAAAGGUCGCCCUAAGGAUCCACCAUCCCAGCAGAAAGCACCCAGGGACCAGGCGCAAGGCAGCCCAGGGAAGGCCGAUACCCCAGAUAAGCGGAACAAAGGGGAAAAGAGAAAAGGAGGCCCCAACCCCUCUGCAGCCCCAACCCAAGUACCCAACCGGCAGCUGACGGCCAUUGUGGGAGGAUCUGAACAGCCCACCGAGCUCAAUGCUGAUGCAGUAGAGGCUUACUGUGAAGAGAAGUGGCACUCCCUAUGUAACUUCUUUGUGAAUUUCUGGAAUGGCUGAAGUGGGAGCAACAAGAGGAAAAAGGGGGCACUGGGAGGGGGAGGGAGGGGAAAGUGGAAGUGUACAGCAGAGAGCCUAGUUAGAAAUAGGGUUGGAAGGCAAGUGGUGUGCUUUGGACAGAGCCUGGAGAAUUUACUUUUGGGGGCUGCAGUUUUCAGAGUUCCCCAGCCAGUAUGCCCAACGUUCAUGGUGGCUAGAGGAUUCUGGAAGUAGUAGUAGUAGAAGAACUUUAUUUUUCUACCCCGCCUCCAUCUCCCCGAGGGGACUUGGGGUGGCUUACAUGGGGCCAAGAACAAGGCAACAUACAAUUAAAACAAAACAAUAACAUUAAAAUAGCAUAAAACAGCAUAAACAAUAAUUAACAAGCAUCAUAAGUAACAUUUGGGGGGCGGCAGUAUGCAAAACUAAUUAAAGGAUAGGCUGGUCAGUAAGGUGGAUAGAACGUAUAGUAGCAUAGGAAUAGAACAAUUAAACAGGAUCAUUUCAGCUUAACUUAAAAAUGUAGUAAUCAAAUAUAGGAGUUUUGAUUCAGGUCAUGGUUAGAGACCAUCUGUCAAAGGAGUCGUCAGUUGAAUACACAACGAAACAUCCACAUCUUUAGUUCCUUAUGGAAUGUGGAUAGGGAGGGUGCCAGCCUAAUCUCCCUGAGGAGGGAGUUCCAGAGACGAGGGGCCACCACCAAGAAUGCCUUUUCUCUCGUUCCCACCAACCGUGUCUGAGAUGGGGGUGGGAGCGAGAGAAUAGCAUCCCCAGAAGAUCUUAAGGACUGUGUGGACUCGUAGGGGAGGAUGUGGUCACGAAGACAGGCAGGUCCUGAACUGCUUAGAAUUUUAUCGGUAAUAACCUGCACCUUGAAUUGGGACCGGAAACUUAUCAGUAGCUAGUGGAGCUGUUUGAACAGGGGGGUUGACCACUCCCUGUAACUUGCUCCAGUUAAGUAGUACUCCCCCCAAAAGAACUUUUUCAAAGGUUUGGGAUAAUGAGGAGCAAAGAAGAGGCAAGUGAAAGGGAGAGCCAGUUGAAUAUGGACAGAUGAAAGACAACAGAAUAUGAGGCAAAGAUCUUGGAUUGUAAGGGGAUGGUGUUCAACAAAGGGUCUUGAUGGGACAUAUUAUUGUACUCAUUCCUACUAAUCAUGCAGUGGCUGUCAAUGAAGAGAUGGAGGAUAAGGAGUUGAGGGUUAGCAUGAAAAGCAUGCCCUUCCUUCCAUGUUAGGCAUACUCUGACAACACGUAGGUUGCUCUGCUUCGUCCAAAAAUGUAUUCCCUACCAACGACAAAGUAGGUUACCCCCAAUUUAAUCGAAAGAAUAUUGUGAUUAUUACAAUUGAAUCAUGUGCCAAAUUCUUCCUUUUCUACCUAGAAGACAUCUAACAUUUGUUCCUACAUUUUGGAGAACUAGAUAUUGCUAGGUGUUAACCAUUUUUUAAUGAUAAUAAUAAAUGGAAUUCUUUUACAGCA